CGAUCCACUGUCGCACCACCUCCAGCUGGGCUAAAGUAUCCGGACUCUCCCAAAACCUGGCGGACGGGCUGCUGUCUUUUUUCCGAUGUGCGAAUGUGCCGGAGGUGGCUUGGCUCGUCCCGGGAAUCCCGAGGGACUCGCCCCAGGCCCUGAGAUGUCAUGGGCGUCCAUGGUCUGACCACCUUUGUGGAGGGGAACAGACACUUCCUACAAGAUGUCAAGUUUAGGGACAGUCGCCUCGUCAUUGACGGAUGCAGUCUGUAUUACCGCCUCUACUUUAACCACGGAUUGGAUCAACAGCAUGGAGGGGACUACGAUGCCUUUGCUUCCCUGCUCAUCCAUUUCCUCUCUGCACUGGAAUCCUGCAACAUCCAGCCAUAUGUGGUUCUGGAUGGAGGGAUGGACCCCAGUAACAAGAAGUUUGAUACUCUUCGGCAGCGCUUGCAGUCCAAGAUAAAGGAGGCAGACAACAUCUCCCAUGGCCGCAAUGGCUCUGUUCUCCCCAUUCUUACAAGAGAUGUCUUCAUUCAGGUCCUCAUCCAGAGAGGAGUCCCACUCAUCCAGUGUCCAGCUGAGGCUGACUGGGAGAUUGCAUGCUUGGCACGAGAGUGGAAAUGCCCAGUGCUGACAAAUGACAGUGACUUUUAUAUCUUUGACCUUCCAGGGGGUUAUCUGCCAUUUCGUUUUUUCCAGUGGACCAACCUUAACGGUAGAGCCUCUCAACACUACAUCUCAGCUCGCUGCUACACCACUGCCAGCCUGUGUCGCUUGUUUGGGGGUAUGAACCCUGAGUUGCUCCCUUUAUGUGCUGUCCUGACUGGAAAUGACUACAGUAUGCCAAACGAUACUGAAACACUUCUUUCUCUUUUAGAUGCAAAAGUGUUAGGGAGAGGUGGUAAAGGUAGAUCACCCCCGUCCCGUAUUGAAGGCCUCCUCCUUUGGCUGUCCUCUUUUAAAACUGUAGCUGAAGCGUUAGAGGAAGUGAGCAGCAUAAUGGGGGACGAAGGUGGGAGAGGCAUGAGAGGACAAAAAGGUGGGCUUGCUUCCGAGCUGUGGGCAGGUAUGCAGGAGUAUCAUAUCAAGCCUCCGAGUUCUCUGGCUCACUGGUUUUCUGGAGGUAAGGCACUUCUGGGAGGGCAGACCUCUGGGCUGGCACAGUUGGAACAGUUGCCGCAGUGCCUGUUGACGGCAGCACUGCAGGGUCGGCUCCCUCCCAUGGCGCUUGAUGCUUUGGUGAUGCGCAGGGUCCUUCUCAUCCCACAGGUGGAGAACAGCAAGCUAGCCAGCAGCCACUGUAGUUCCAGAGCCAUGCGGCAGGCUUUAUACGGGAUAUUACUGCGAAGAUCCCAAGAUAGUGUAGCUCAAGGAACAGUUGGAGGUGCACAGGUAGCGAAGAGACCAGGAGAUGAAAUUCCAAUACAAGAUAUAAAGAUGGAAGAAAAGAUAAGACAGGGAAUGAGAGAUGGGAGAGGGCGAGGAGGACAGGGGUGUGGGGGCAGGGGUCAGGCCCAAAGUUUUACCCGACAGCAAGGCAUGAAUAUACCAUUUAGCAAGAAACAAGCAGCUGGUCCAGCAACAGCACAAGCUCACGUUGCUCCCAUUUAUGUGGAAGAGUAUGAUCGUUUGGACCUAAACGUGAAGAAAAACCAAGUGGAGGCACUUCCACUCAGGCAGCAUGUAGACCUGGAUAGACUUGGUCAGGCUCCUGUGGCAGUGCGACUUGGUGCCCUGUUAGAAGUUUUGGGCGUGAAACACUCCGCCUUAGCUCCUGUUCCUCUCCACCUGCAGCUGGCUGUAGCCGUGACAGGAUUCUGGUUUCGAGAGGCCACACCAACACCCUCUCAGCUCGAGGUGCAGGCUCUGGUCUUAGGCCUGGUUUAUGGAGAGCUCUCCUUGAGCAACCAGAUUGGAGCUACCCACUACCAACACACUGUCCCGCAGCUAAACUGGGCUGCAGAGCGUAAAGUGUGUGCAGGGCUGGAUCGACAACGUGUGAGACCAGGGGAGAGACGGGGCGUGGAUAUUGGGAUGGCUCACAGUUUCAGCCAAUGGCAGGCCUGCCUUUGGACUGCACUUUGUCUAAAUCAGCUACUGCUGCUGCCGCUACCAGAACCCCAUCUGUCAUGGUUGUUCAGUGGUACGUUGCUGCACGGCCUCGUCAGGUAUCUGAAAGGAGGCCGAGCUGCUGAGUCUUUACUGUCUGGGGGAUGCUUGUCUGGACAGCUCUACUCCUCCCUGCUGGAUGCUGUGAGGAACUGCAGUUCCAAAGCCACUCGCUCCUCUUCAGAAUCAGGGAGGCGGGGGAGAGGCAGAGGCCGGGGAAGGCGAGGAAGACGGGGAGGUGGAAGAGGAGCUCAGGGAGGGGAGAGAGACGCUAAGGAGAUAAACAACCGGUUUGCUCUCCUUAUGAGUGAGGAAGAGUCUGAUGAUGAUGAUUGAUAGGGAGACAGAGAAAAAUGAACAGAUGGAUAAAAAAAACAAAAAAAAAACCACUUGCUAUGGGCCAAACGAAGGAAGACAUGUCAGUGGUUUACAAUAUUUGCUCAGGGAAGACUGACAGCUCUUAAUGUUUACCACUGUGUAUAUUGCAGUAAUUUAACCUAAUUCAGUCAUGUCUGUUUAAAAAUGUGAUGCCAUCUCGAAUAAUGUGUGUAAAGCCAUACUUCAUGUAUCAGAACAUCCGUUUUCCCAAAUAGCACUACUUUGGCAUAAAGAUUUAUAAAAGCUUUUAUCAGAAUAAUCUCAAUCGAAUUAAUGCACUUGUUUUCAGCCUCCUGGUGUUGUUCACAUAUGCCAGCACAACAUUUAAGCAUUGAACGAUGCUCAGUUUCAUCAGGAAAAUGAGCAGAAAGUUGGAUGGCAGCUAAUGACAACAUAAGGAGCAAUUUAUGAAAUUUUAAUUUCUUUUAAUUUUAUUGCAGCUGCCUUAUUAUUCACAAACACGGUGCUUUUAAAUGUUGUUCAUCUUUGUAUUAAAAAAGUGUUUUUAAACCAUCACAUUCAACUAUGUUUUAAUUAUAACUGCUUAUAGCUACAAAUAAAAUGUUUUACGCUUUUCCGUUUAAAGGCACAACACAAAGUUACAGAGUAAGACCAGACACUAGUGUUAAAUCUAUACACAACCAGGAGCUGAAUACUUAUAGAUGCUCUAUCUACAAUUUGUGACAGAACAUAAUUCACAGAGCAUAAAAAAAAAUAAUUGUGUUUUGUAUAA